AUGGCGUCGGGGCUGAGGGCUGCGGGGCCCGAAGACCCGCUGCGGGUCUUGAACCCGGGCGAGGAGGUGGCGAGUGCGGCCCCUGUGCGCUCGGUGGUGGCUGCCCCGCGGCCGGUCAAGGGCAGAGCCGGCAGGGAGGCGGUGCGGCGGCGGCUGCAACCGCCCGGGGCCCCCGCGGCCGAGCGCCCCGGGGAGGUGGCGGAGCCCGAGCCUGGAGAGGCUGCAGCCGGGUGGAUGCCCGCGGGGCCCGCCGAGGAGGCACGGCCACUGCCGGCCGUGUGCGCGUCGCCGCUGCGGGGCAUGUGGCGGGCAGAGAAGGUGGCGUUGUACUGUGACGCGGUGCUGCUGGGCUGCCAGGCAGAGGACGUUGACGAGGCCAUGAGCAAGUACCUGUCAGAGAGGUUGAAGUUGAAGGAAACGUGGCUCGGCGUGUGGAAGACAAACCCAGAGCUCUUCUUUGUGAAGUUUGAGGAGACGUCCAUCCCGUUUGUGGGCAUCCUGGUGGAGGUGACCUGCCAGCUACGCCAGAGCUCCUCGCCUUGCUUCAAGGUCAGUGUCUCGGUGGCUGAGCCCUUCGCCUCCAACAUCGCCAACAUCCCUCGCGAAGUGGUGGAUGAAACCCUGGAGGAGCUGGGGCACAGCGUGCCCCUCCUGGAGGUGUACCCCGUGGAGGGUCAGGAUGCCGCCGUGGACGACAUCGCCCUGGCCCUAGAGGUGGCAAGGUUUUUCUAUGAUUUCCUGUGGAGAGACUGGGAUGAGGAGGAAAGCUGUGAGAACUACACUGCUCUGAUUGAAGAGAGGAUCAACUUGUGGUGUGACAUACAGGACGGCACGAUCCCCGGCCCCAUCGCACAGCGGUUCCGGAAGACGCUGGAGAAGUACAAGAGCAAGCGCGCGGAGCUCAUUGAGUACCAGGGCAGCAUCAAGGAGGACCCGUCUGCAGCCGAGGCUGUGGAGUGCUGGAAGAAAUACUACGAGAUCGUCAUGCUGUGCAGCCUGCUCAAGAUGUGGGAGGACCUGCGACUGCGAGUUCACGGGCCUUUCUUUCCAAGGAUCCUGAGACGCAGGAAGGGAAAGCGAGACCUCGGAAAGACCAUAACGCACAUUGUGGCCAAAGUGAUGACCACAGACAUGGUGAAGGGCUUGUCGGCAGACACACUCCUGCAGCAGCACGGGGACCUGGACGUGGCUCUGGACAGCUGCUACAGUGGGGACACAGUGGUCAUCUUCCCAGGAGAGUACCAGGCUUCGAACCUCGCCGUGCUGACCGAGGACAUCGUUAUAAAGGGUGUUGGAAGGAGAGAGGAGAUUAUCAUCACUUCGGAGCCCUCUCACGACAGUUUCGUUGUGUCCAAAGCCGACAAUGUCAAGCUAACACACCUGUCGCUGGUACAGCAAGGGACGGUGGACGGCAUCGUGGUGGUCGAGUCAGGCCACAUGACUCUGGAAAACUGCGUGCUCAAGUGUGAAGGGACAGGCGUGUGCGUUCUCACCGGGGCGGCCUUGACAGUGACCGACAGUGAAAUCACGGGGGCCCAGGGCGCCGGCGUCGAACUGUACCCCGGGAGCACGGCCGUCCUGGAGCGCAAUGAGAUCCACCACUGUAAUGACCUCAGGAGCAGCGACAGCGCCCAGAGCGCCCUAGGCGGCGUCAGCGUGAAGGUGCUGCCGGCCCCCAGACUGAGGAUGGCAAACAACCACAUCCACAGCAACAGCGGCUACGGCGUGAGCAUCCUCCAGCCCACGGGCCAGCUGCUGAUCGUGGACGCCCUGGGCAACGGGGCCGCCUCGGGGGACACCAAGGACGACCAAGUGCUUGGCAAGGUCAUGCAGAACCUCGACCUGGAGAUGAGCAACAACAAGCUGGAGGCCAACCUGAAGGGGGACAUUCAGGUGGUGGCGAGUUAAAGUCCAUUCCAGAAAUCUGAUUCAUAUUCUUAGAGCUUCAUUAAAAUAUUGGAACAU